UGGGAAGGACAUCUCCGCGCUCACUGAUUACAGGUCCAAGGUUGGUGCGAUAAUCCGUGUGUUUGGUCACGUUUUAGACCUCGCUGCACAGUCUGGCCCAGUUCUCUGCAGGGACACGCUCCAGAUAGAAGAACGAGGGUGUAAGAGCUGCUGUUUCCCUGCUGUUUCCCUGCUGUUUCCCUGCUGGCUGAACCUGCUCGUCCAGGUGAUUAUGUGCUGAUCCAGUGACCUGACCGGCCGGACGAAUCAAGGGAAAAGAAGCUGAAACUCAGCAUGAAGAGGAUGGCCGAUAGGAUGGCUCAGGCAGACGGCAAGGUGCUGGUCCUGGGGGCCCUGGCUGGAGUGGCCGGCAUCAGCUUGGCCGUGGCCUGUUACAAAGGCCUGACGUCGAAGCGGAGAAGCUCGUGGCCCGGCCCCUACGCCGGCCGCGCUGACGGCCAGGGCUCCGGCCUCAUGCUGGUGGACGGGCCAGGUCUGCACCCGGGUCAGGUGGAGGUGCUGCAGCGCCUCGAGGCUCUGAUCCAGUGCGUCUCCGAGCUGAAAGAUGAGAUGAAAGCGCUGAAGAACGCUCUGCCGACCCUGCAGGACAAGGUCAGGGAGGAACUGAGUAGCCGGGAUGAAGCGCAGCGGGCCGGCCCGGCGCACAGGAGCACGCCGGCCCGGAGGAAAAGGACGGCAGGAACCCUCGCCAGCGCCAGCGCCAGGACCGAGGGCCGGAGCUCCGAGGCCGAGAGCGAGGGAGGCUACAUCACUGCACUGACGGACUCGGAGGAAGACGAGCCGAGUGGAGCAGAACAGAGUGAUGAAGAGCAACCGCCGGACCAGUUAUCCGUCCUCCUGGAGAAAACGGACCGUUUACGUCAAGGCAGCGAGUCGGACAAAAUGGAAAGUCUCAGCAUCCUCCUGGAGCAGAGAGAGGAGUUUGGACAGAACUCGACGUUCCUCUGGCGGCUGACCCGAGCUCACUGUGACGUCCACGACAUCUGCUCCAGUCUGGAGGAGAAGAAGGCUCAUGCAGAAAGUGGGAAAAGAGUUGGGGAAGAGGCGGUGAGCUUGAAUCCUACAUGUGCUGAAAGUCAUCAAUGGUACGCCAUCAUGUGUGGAAUCAUGGCAGAAUACGACACCAUCCAGAACAAGAUAAAGAACGGUUACAUCUUCAAGGAUCACCUGGAUAAAGCCAUCGAGCUGAAGCCGCAGGACCCCAUGUCCUACUACCUGCUGGGCCGCUGGUGCUACGCCGUUGCUCAGCUGUCGUGGAUCGAGAGGAAAGUUGCUGCGACUCUGUUUGGAGAACCUCCGAGUGCUACGGUUGAAGAUGCUCUGAAGAACUUCCUCAAGGUUGAAGAGAUCCAACCAGCUUAUUCCAAACUCAACUACGUGUUUCUGGCCAAGUGUUAUAAAGACCUGGGGAAGAUGGAGAAGGCCAGGGAGAUGUGUGAAGCAGCUUCUUCUGUGAGCAGCAUCUCCAAGGAGGAUGAAGAAGCACAAAAGGAGCUGGAUUUACUCUGCCCAGCGCUGGGACUGUGAGAACAGGAGCCGAGCGUUUUGGGAGUUAAUCAACCAUGAACUAAGGGCACUGUAUUUGUGUGAAUGUGUGUGUGUGUGUGUGUGUGUGUGUGUGUGUGUGUGUGUGCCUGGGUGUAGGUGUGGGUGGAUUUAGAGUCUAUUGAUAAACUGUCAUGUUAAUUCACUCUGUGAGUGUAAGGAGGUUUGUUGUGGUGUGAUAUAUAAAUAUCUUUAUCAUCAAUAACAGCAAAAGGCCACUGUUUUUGAAACCGUCCGUUGUGCUACUAAUUUAGACGGUUGACUUCUUGACUCUAAAAGCUGAAGUCUGAGUACAGCAGAGGGAAAUGUGUGUUCUGUCACAUGACAGAUGUUUUGAGAUUAAAAAAAGAGUCUACAAGUCUUUCUAAUCAGGUUUCACCAUCAGACGGUGAGCAGUUUUUCUCAUCGAGGGUUAGAUGACGAGCAGUUAAAGGGGAGCUUGUUUUAACUGAAGCUACCUGAGACUUUUACAACCAACACAUCAGCUGCUGAAACUGUGAAUAUGCUUGAGGUAAAUGUUAGUGACAAGUUUUUAAAAAAUGAAAAGAAUGGCAGCUGCAACAACUAUAAAAUAGAAGAGAUGUAAUACUAAAACAGGUAAAGACGUCUCACGAUAAGUUCGUCUCUGGAAGAUCUUGUGUGCAGAUAAGACGAGCAAUUUAGAUGUAACUUCACCAUCAUGAAGUUGCAGUUUUUGAAAGUUGUAGCAAAAUAUCUAGGAUACAUUAUUGCACUUAAAAAGUUCAGAGAAUCUUGAAAAAUCCUUGCGUGUAUCCAAGGGAGGAAACUUCAAACUGCCGUCGACCCGAUAAGCUCUCCAAGCAGACAGUUUUAGAAAUCCUUCACAGACUCUAACUACCGAGCGAGCAAAGUAUCAAGCAGCAAGUAAAAAUCAAAUUAGAUUUUGAAACUUCUGUAUUGUUAGAAAAGGUCGUGUUUAAUAUGCACCUAUCCUAUUUCUUUUAAAACCGAUGCAAAUAGUUAGUUUACAACAUAAAUGUGCAAUUAUUUUUCUUUGGGUUUUUUUUUUUUUUUUUUAAGAAAGUGACCUUCAAAAAUUACAGUUUAAUCAAAUGAUUGCAUUAUUCAGCCUGAACUGGAAGUAAACCGAACCUAUUGUUGAGACCCGCCAUUGCUGAAAAUAAAAGUAACGCUGCAAACAGAAACAAUCGCCGCUGCAAAUAAAAUAAACGCUUAGCAAAUAAAAUAAACGCUGCAAACAAAAAGAAACGCCGCUGCAAAUAAAAGAAAUGCUGCAAAUAAAAUAAACCUCGCUGUAAAUAAAAUAAAAAAACGACGCAAAUAAAAAAGCCACAACGGAAGUGAAUUACCGGGGACUAUUUUUGCUGAUGCACCAGUGUUGCACAUUAAAAAUUACACGUAGCGACGUUGAACACUAACCUUUUCACUUAUUUUCUCAUUCGUUGUUCUUCUUAUUCCUCGCUCUUCUUAUUUCUUCCUUUUCACUUACUAUUCGUCUUCUUCUUCUCCUCUCACGUAAAAAACACUGGUGCAUCAGCAAAAAUAGUCCCCGGUUUUUCACUUCCGUUGUGGCUUUUAUGUUUGCGUCGUUUUUUUUUUUUUUUUAUUUGCAGCUGCGUUUCUAUAUGUUUGCAGCGUUUCUUUAAUUUUCAGCAAUGGCGAGUCUCGGCCACCGUACGUCCCUUCAUGGAAACAGCUGGAUUCUGCAGUGAUAUUGACUGAUGCCGAAAAGAAAAACACUGUAAAUAAAAUAGAGUACAAAACUUACAGAACUGCAAGUCUGUCCAGUUGACAUUUUGCCAGGUUUCCAAUUUGUUGCUUCUCGCUAAACUAAAGAUCUGUGUCGUAUGAACUAUAAAAGUCCAAUGUUAAUGAUUUUGAGAGAGUACGUAAUUUGAUUAGUUCAUGUAUGUUAAGAGAAAGACAGGAGUCCAGUUAAGGAGCCUCUUCCAGCUGUAGCCAUCGUGUUUCGUUCACAUAUCAAAGAUCUGACAUGGUCUAGAAAUCCCUUACCCUACCUUUAAAACCUCAGCGGCCUGAAAUGAACUUCACAGUGAUGCAUUUUCACCGACGUCUCCAGUGUCUGAAGCAGCAAUUUCAGACUGGAUACGAUAAUGGUAGGUUCAAGUUUGGGCAGGAUCUCAUCACACUACACGUUAUAUGCAGUAAAAAAACCUAAAUACACUGUUUAAGCUUCAACUGAACAAAUGUUAGAAAACAUUUGAAAAAAAAGGACAAAUCACAGAUGCAUUUAUUGAUGGAUUACAGUAGAUAGUGAUUAUGUAAAUAACAAGGAUCAGAGGGUACAUUUGUUUUUUUUUCUUGUUUUUGUUAUGAAUUUUUCAUCUUUAUUACCGUUCUUAGGCAUUCCUAAUUACUGAAAUCAUGUUUCAUCUCAGUCUGCAUUUUUUUUUAUUUCAUCAACAGUUAAUUAUUUAAUUUAUUGUUUCACUGAUAACCUGUCAUGUAAAAUUAUAUACAUAAAAGAAAGUUCUGUCACCACUAUGAAUGUAUUUUUUUUUUUUCUUUUUCAAUAUUCCUCAAGGUGAUAUCCAAUCUGACAGACAUUAAUGUGUAGCGGAUGAUUGAUGGUACUGGUGUGUAUGAUUAAACUUGUGAAAUCCUGA